UUUUUUCUGCCUAGGGGGACAGCGGUGCCAUUCAUCACUGCUGGAGGCCUGAAUCCGGGGCUGGGGGCCCAUACGUGGAGAUGGGAGGGGCCAGGGGGCGGCCCCCUUGUGACCAGCCCUGAGGAGAGGUCAGAGAGAAGACUGGCAGAGGAGCGCCUGGACAGCAGCAGCAGCUGACUUUCUAGAUCAAGCGCCUUGGGGCCCCAGGCUUGGGAGUGAGCCGAUGGCCCACGUUCGAGAAGCGUCCCGGUCCUCCCGCUCCUUCGCCAGUUGGAGUUCGGGAGGCGGUCGAGGAGCCUGUUUGGAGCAGGCGGCUGAGAAAGCAGCAGAAAUGGAGCAGACGAUGCGGGGUACACAGGGAGCCCGGGAGAUGAAGCCGGAGCAGUGGCCGGAGCCCAAGCCCACGUCGGAGAACUUAACAAGGAGGGGCAGUGGCAGCGAGGAGAAGGUGCUCCCUUCCAGCCCGGCUGCUUGUCACACCAGCUCCAGCUCGGUUUGCCCGCGCCGCAAGCCCCGCCCUCGGCCCCAGCCCAGGUCCCGCUCCAGGGGAGGGCGUGGGCUCAAGGCCCCACCCCCGCCUCCCGCCAAACCUCCGCCUCCCCCGCCAGCGCCGCCACCAUCACCCCCGCCCCCGCUGCGGUCGGUGGCCCGGCGCAAAUCCAGGCGUAGAUCCAGGCCUGCACCCAGACCCCAAACACGAAAAAGCUGCUCUAGUGACCAAGUCUACUCUGGGGAUCCAGAUGUCGCAGAGAACAGGUUACUGGAGGUUGGGUCUGAUAAGGGGCCCAUGGGCUGUUCCCAUGUAGAAAGCUUUAAAGUAGCCAAAAACUGGCGGAAGAACCUGCGGAUGAUCUAUCAGCGUUUCAUUUGGAGUGGGACACCGGAAACUAGGAAACGUAAGGCCAAAUCAUGCAUCUGUUAUGUGUGUAAUACCCAUAAGAACAGACUUCACUUGUGUCUGUCCUGUGUAUAUUUCGGAUGCUUUACUGAGAAACAUAUUCAUAGACAUGCAGAGACAAAACAACACAAUUUAGCAGUUGACCUCUAUCAUGGGGUUAUAUAUUGCUUUAUGUGUAAGGAUUAUGUAUAUGACAAAGAUAUAGAACAGAUUGCCAAAGAAACAAAAGAGAAAAUUCUGGGACUAUUGCCUUCCACUGCAAUAGACAUUUCUUAUCAGCAGUAUAUGACAUUGGAGGUUGAAGAAAAUCAAUCAACCUAUGAGGCAAAAGAACAGGAGACCACACUGGUAAAACCCAAGAAAAAGAGGAGGAAAAAGACAGUGUAUUAUACUGUAGGCCCCAGAGGGUUAAUCAAUCUUGGAAACACUUGCUUUAUGAAUUGUAUUGUCCAGGCACUUACCUACAUUCCACUACUGAAAGAUUUUUUCCUUUCCGACAAACACAAAUGUACUAUGACAAGUCCCAGCUUGUGUUUGGUCUGUGAAAUGUGUUCACUUUUUCAAGCGAUGUACUCUGGGAACCAAAGUCCUCAUGUUCCCUAUAAAUUACUGCACCUGAUAUGGAUUCAUGCGGAACAUCUAGCUGGGUACAGGCAGCAAGACGCUCAUGAGUUUCUUAUUGCAAUAUUAGAUAUGCUGCAUAGACACAGUGGAGACGACAGCACAGAGCAGGAAAGUAACCCCAACCCCUGCAACUGCAUCAUAGACCAAAUCUUCACAGGGGGCCUGCAGUCAGAUUUGACCUGUAAAGUCUGCCACGGUGUCUCCACCACUAUAGACCCCUGCUGGGACAUCAGUCUGGACUUGCCUGGCUCUUACUAUACCUCAGAGAGAGCUAGUAGCGCAGUGCGUAGGGCUGGCCACAAACCAAGAGUCCCCUCGCUUACAGAUUGCCUACAGUGGUUUACAAGGCCAGAGGACCUGGGAAGCAGUGCCAAAAUCAAGUGCAGUCGAUGCCAAAGCUACCAGGAAUCUACCAAGCAGCUCACAAUGAAGAAAUUACCAAUCGUGGCCUGCUUUCAUCUCAAAAGGUUUGAACAUUUAGGCAAACAGAGACGCAAGAUUAAUACUUUUAUCUCGUUUCCUUUGGAGCUGGAUAUGACACCCUUUCUGGCUUCUACUAAGGAAAGUAUAAUGAAAGGCCAGCCCUUAACAGACUGUGUGCCCAGUGAGAACAAGUAUUCUCUGUUUGCGGUGAUUAACCACCACGGAACUUUGGAAAGUGGUCACUACACCAGCUUUAUACGUCAAGAAAAGGACCAGUGGUUCAGCUGUGAUGACGCUGUCGUGACGAAGGCGACACUGGAAGAGUUACUCCGUAGUGAAGGGUACUUACUGUUCUAUCACAGGCAGGAUAUCGAGAAUAAUCUUACCCAGACGCUUUCCAUAAAAACAGAGUAAGGAUCCUGCAAUGAUACACACACCUACCUGGAUGGACAACCACCAGCACCUCUUAAAGAAACACAAAAAUCUACCUGGAGUGGACAGUAACCGUAACACCUAUAUAAGUGACCCUUUGGCAAAAAGGAACUGUUUUACCCUGUUCCGUGGGUCUAUGGGAAGAAGACAUUGAAUUACCAGUGACCAUUUAGCCUUAAGAAUUGGGGGGAAGGGAGGAGAGGUUGAAAAGGGUCACAUAAAGCAAAUUAAGUGAAGUCUCAAGGUGGAGGGAGGUGCGAAUAAAAUCAAAUUCCUAUGUGCUCUUUAUUUCUUCAAAGAUAUUGUGUUAAGUGUGGGGGAGAUCUUUUAGGAAAGGGGUUUUUAAUUGAUUGUAGUUCCAGUUAUGAGUGCACAAAUAGUCUGAAAAUAAAAACCAAAUAUUUUAAGAGAAAAACUUUAAAGCUUUAAAAGAAAAACGGUAAAAAAUACUUUUGAAAGUUUUAAGAGAAUGUUUUAAAUGUCAAAAUGUUAAGUUAAGUAUUUUAGAAGAAAUAUUUUUUAAAGGUUUUUAAUUUAAAAUGAUUUGAAAUUGUUAGUAUUGAAAAUAGAGUAUUUAGAAAUUCUUACAAUUUAAGACAAAAUAUGAAAAUUUAUAAGAUAGUUAUUGAAACGAUUUAAUUUAAAAAUAGUAAAAGAAAAUCUUUUAAAGACCCAAUGUUUAAAGUGAAAAUGCAUAGAUUCUAAAAAUUUACCAAAAUUUACAAAAGUAUGCCUGUAAUAGUAAAAAAAAAUAAGUCAAAAUAUAGAAUAAAAUGAAAUUUUAAGUUAAAAUCAGAUAAAAUAGUUUAAAGGAAGAAAGUUUAGAACAAUUCAAGGAAACAGAAAAUUGGCUUUAAAGAUUCCAAAAAGAAAAGAGAAAUUUUAAAAUGUUGAGAAUCUUACGUAAAUUCAAACAAAUUUUAAGUUUAAAAAGAAUAUUCACAAAUUGACAACUGAAAGAACAUGUAAAUAAGAAUGUACUUGAAAGUUGAAAUUUUUAUUUUGUACUUAAGUAUAUUGGAAUAUAGAUGGAUAUAAAAGAUAUAAUGAAAGAGAGAGUAAUGAUAAGAUAAAAUGGUUUGUGAACAUAUGUAUUUUUUUAGUUUAAUGUCAAUGCAGAAUUAACUAUAUUGGAAAAAGUGGUGACAUUAAGAUUUUUCCCAUUUAGAGCUCAUUACAUCCUUAGCUUCUGAAACAGGGCUUUUAAUAAUUUUGUGGCUUAGAGAAAUUAGAUCAUAACUGUGAAGUUCUGGCUUUUGGUGUUUCAGCCCCAUGGUCUGACUGAGAAAGUAGCAGGGACCCAUGCUAAGAAACUCCUACCCUCCCUGCUUUCAGUCUUUUGCCUCACGGGGAAGCAAGCUCUUUAACUUCUACAGUAGAACUACGGCUUUGUGUUUAACAGUCCUGCUAACUCCUUAACCCUUCCCGCCCACCCCGUCCCCAUUCCUGAUUCCUGAGUCCCUGACUUCCCUAGCCUUACCUAGAUCAAUAUAACCCCAGCCUGCAAGGUUCCUUUCUUAGACACCUGGUGACUUCAUUCCUUCAAGAGCAUUCAUAGAUGACUUCUCUGGAGCCUUCCCUGGAUCCCCUGUGCAGGCAUAAAUUAGAUAAUUGCCCCCCCCCAUCUCUCCUAUUGUGCCUCCAAAGUACUUUGUCUAUACCUCGAUGGAUAGUACUUAUUCAACUGUGAUUCCACUGUACCAUUGUGAUUGUCUGCCUCUCUGCACCAGGUCCUGAGAGCAG